AUGGAUAUUAAGUACGAAGAGCCUUUGUAUGUAGACGAAAUUUCACUGAAGGCUGUCCGUGAACUUGGCCAAGGUUCCUACGGCUCCGUCUCUCUCAAAAUCCAUCCUGGCUACCGAUUUUACGCGAAGAAGACAUCCUUAAUAGAACACAAGGAGAAUCUCAAGAAAGAGCUCAGGAUCAUGCUUCACUUCCGCAAUCAUCCUCGCAUCGUUCAAGCCUUAAGCGAUCGUGUUCACUUAGGCAUGUUCCUCAAAGAUUGCUACAUCUACAUGGAGUAUGCUUCUGAAGGUACUCUACACGAGAUAAUCUCUGCUUUCCGUGGGAAACCAUUGCCUGAGAAUGUGAUUGGACGCACCACUCGCAUGAUAUUACAAGGACUCGAGGCUCUUCAUUCACACGGCUAUGUUCACUGCGACCUCAAGCCAGCGAAUAUACUCCUCUUCCCUUCCACAUCUCUUGGAGACCCGUGGAAUGUUAAGCUUGCUGAUUUCGGUUUAUCCAAGGAGCCUUAUACAGAUUCCAAGUUAUUGUAUGGUGGUACGAAGCCCUACAUGCCGCCAGAAUCUGUCCAGGAUACAAACCGUGUGAUCGGACCGGCCUUUGAUAUAUGGUCUCUAGGGUGUAUUGUUUUUGAGAUGUUUGGAGGUAAGCCAAUAAUGAAGGAAGACGGUUGUUACGUGUGGAGGCUGUACCAAGAUAUAUCUCCGGUGGCUAUAGACUUCUUGAGGCGGUGCCAUACUUGGUAUUCGUUUAAUAGGGCUACUGUGACCGAGCUCUUGGACCAUGCUUUUAUUAGACAAAGAGUCUCUCUUCCACGGCCAAUCCAACCUCCUCCUCCUGAAAGAAAACAAUACUUAACACGCCCUUUAUUUAAACAAAGAAGAGGAUGUGUUUCAUUGCCAACUCCGAUUGGUCCUCCUACUAGAAGACGACAAGAAGCUGCAUCGAUGGUUCCAGAAGCUCAAGGGUCGGUCUUGAAAGAUCAAUCAACGUUGGAGAUGAGCGAUGACAAUUUUGAAUCUUGGUUUAUGGAACUGACUGGUUAA